ACCAUGCUCCGCUUCCUGCUGCUCACCACCCUGGUCCUCUAUGGACACAGCACCCAGGAUUUUCCAGAAACCAAUGCACGUGUAGUUGGAGGGACUGAGGCCCAAAGGAAUUCCUGGCCCUCUCAGAUCUCCCUCCAGUAUUUGUCGGGCGGGCAGUGGCAUCAUACAUGCGGGGGUACCCUCAUUAAGCGGAACUGGGUGAUGACAGCCGCGCACUGCGUGGACAGAACCCUGACCUUCCGCGUGGUCGUGGGAGAACACAGCCUGAGUCAGAACGACGGCACAGAGCAGUAUGUAAGUGUGCAGAAGAUCCUGGUGCAUUCAAAGUGGAACAGCAACAACGUGGCUGCCGGCUAUGACAUCGCCCUGCUGCGACUGGCCCAGAGUGUAACCCUCAAUAGCUACGUCCAGCUGGGUGUUCUGCCCAGGGAGGGAACUGUCCUGGCUAACAACACUCCCUGCUACAUUACAGGCUGGGGCAGGACCAGGACCAAUGGACAGCUGGCCCAGACUCUGCAGCAGGCUUAUCUGCCCACUGUGGACUACACCAUCUGCUCCAGCUCUUCCUACUGGGGCUCCACAGUGAAGACGAGCAUGGUGUGUGCUGGCGGGGACGGUGUUCGCUCAGGAUGCCAGGGUGACUCCGGAGGCCCCCUGCACUGCUUGGUGAAUGGCCAGUAUUCUGUCCAUGGAGUGACCAGCUUUGUGUCCAGCCUGGGCUGCAACGUCUCCAGGAAGCCCACAGUCUUCACCCGGGUUUCUGCUUACAUCUCUUGGAUAAAUAACGUCAUUGCCUCCAAUUGAACAUACUCUCGUGGCCUUUCCAAGAUGAUUCUUAGAUCUGCAAUAGGACUUGAGGUCAACCAGCAAAAGCAGGGCUGGGUGGAGCUCAGUACUUGAGCACUUGUCUAGCAUGCAAGAAGCCCUGAGUUCAAUGCUCAGCACUCAGAGAAUUAAAAAAUAAAAUAAAAAAAUAAAAAAAAUCAGACACUA